AAGCGACAUCACAAAGCGCAUUACCCAUCCAUCUUCUUGUUUUUGUUUGGUUGUGCUGGCUGGCUGUUCUCUUGCUGCAGGCACAACCGCAACUCCCACACACACAGAGGCUGACUGCUUGCCUGUUGGCUUGCACCCCCAAGGAGGUUUUGGGUUGCAGAUCGCAUCGGCCUCAUCGACGACAACCGCGCGGGCGGCUGCAGCGGAGAUCGUGCCCACAGCCACCAACAACAACAGCCUUUGUUCGCUGACCAGGAGUACGCUGUGGUUCUGCGGAGAGGUCAACGCCGGAAAGGAGACGCAAGGAGAGCAAGCAGCAGAAGAAGCCGGCUCUCGUGGAGUCAGCGACGCGCUUCCGUCAUGUCUGUGUUCUCUCAAGUCAAGAAGCACUUUAGCCGGCACAAGGAGCACGCGGCCCAUGCGGGGCCGGCCUCAACAGAUGUCGGGUCCACAGCUGUCAUCGGCCGCUAUGCUGUCCACAUCACCAGCAAGCUCGCCGAGGGCGGGUUUGGCUCUGUAUUUGUUGCGGAGGAUGACCAGCACCAACGUUACGCUCUCAAAAAGAUGCUUGUGCUGGACCAGGAAUCUCUUGAGGCAACAACACGCGAAGUUGAACUGAUGAAGCGACUGCCAGGACACAGCAACAUUGUGCAGCUGCUUGCAUCGGAGGUGAAGCCCAACGGCCGCCACGCCGAGGUGCUCCUCCUCAUGGAAUACUGCCCAGGUGGACAUGUUGUGGACAUUAUGAACCGGCGGCUGAAGAAGCCGUUUACAGAAUCAGAAGUGCUGAAGCUUGAGAAUGUGCUGCUGGGCGCAAACAAGGGCAGCUUCAAGCUGUGUGACUUUGGCAGUGCAACAACAAAGGUGAUUGUGCCUGGAGAGACAAUGGCCAUUUCGUUGGCGGAGGAGGAAAUCGGGCGGUACACAACCCCGCAGUACCGUGCACCAGAAAUGAUCGACCUAUAUCAGAAACGCACCAUCGACACCCGCGCUGACGUCUGGGCGCUGGGCUGUCUGCUGUACAAGCUGAUGUUCUUCGCUGAUGCGUUUGAGGACUCCACGCUCUCCGUCCUGAACGGCCGAUACAAAAUCCCGGAUGAUCACUCGUUCUCGCAGGAGCUCAUGGACCUUCUUGGACACAGCAACAUUGUGCAGCUGCUUGCAUCGGAGGUGAAGCCCAACGGCCGCCACGCCGAGGUGCUCCUCCUCAUGGAAUACUGCCCAGGUGGACAUGUUGUGGACAUUAUGAACCGGCGGCUGAAGAAGCCGUUUACAGAAUCAGAAGUGCUGAAGGUGAUUGUGCCUGGAGAGACAAUGGCCAUUUCGUUGGCGGAGGAGGAAAUCGGGCGGUACACAACCCCGCAGUACCGUGCACCAGAAAUGAUCGACCUAUAUCAGAAACGCACCAUCGACACCCGCGCUGACGUCUGGGCGCUGGGCUGUCUGCUGUACAAGCUGAUGUUCUUCGCUGAUGCGUUUGAGGACUCCACGCUCUCCGUCCUGAACGGCCGAUACAAAAUCCCGGAUGAUCACUCGUUCUCGCAGGAGCUCAUGGACCUUCUUGCGUCGCUGCUUGAGCUUGAUCCAGACAAACGAAUCACCGCGCCAGAGGCGUGCAGGCAUCAGCAUCAACAGCAUCAACAUCGUCAUGCCGACAAGGGUGCAAGGCGGACAACACCAUCGCCGCACGCCUGCAUCUCUUCUCCACAGACACCGCCCCAGCAGCAGCAACAUCAGCAGCAUGACGCGAUACAACGACCCUCGCGCAAGGGCCACGCUCGUUCCGCCAGCAACCCGUUUGCCAACCCCAUGCACGACGAGCCAGAGUGGCCGACGACACCAGAGGGCCAGGUCAUUCGUGCAAAUGCACACGCGCACGCACACGCACCGCAGACGGCGCCGCCAGCAGCCCACGCCCGCAAGGCACGCACGCUCGCGAAGGCAGCAUCGGUUGAUGCGGCGAGUGCACACGCGGUGGAUGGUGAAGCCGCAUUGGGGUUUGCCACGCCGCCGUUUGCUGCCGACCACACGCACACGCCUGCGACUGCGAUCGCGAACGGAGAAAAGCGCCGCGCACCCAACACAGCGAUUGGCAUCCGGCACAAGCGACAACCGAGCAACCCGUUUGAAGCGGCAGCCAGGAUGGGCAGUGGCACUGGUGAUGAUGGUGAUAAUGAUGGUGAUGAUCAUGAUGGUGAUAAUGAUGGUGAUGAUCAUGAUGGUGAUGAUGAUAUCAAGGCAGUCGGGUCAUCAACGAAAGGAGUGCUGCUCUCCUCCUCUAAUGGCAGCGGCCCGUGGCCGUGGGGGCGGUAUCGCUCCAUCGAAUCUCCGACGCAGCGCGCCGCCAUCAACGAAACACAAGACAGCAGCCAGGAGGGCAGCCACCAACCACACAGCCGCCGCAACAACAACAGCAACAGCAGCGGCAACAAGGGCACCUCCGUCUCGCCCACCGCCACCGCCGCUUGUGCCGCGAUUACCAAACAGCAAGCGCAGUGCAACCAACACACCGGGCAGCAGCGCCCGCAACAGCCGCGGUGGCAGUGGGGCAACAUCCCCUCAACCACGCCAUCGCGCCCACAGAAAUGGCAUCGGAACGAGAAAUGGCGGUGGUGGUGGUGGGGUGGUGGUGGUGUUGGUCAUAGUGGUGGUGGGCGCAAACAGAGCGGUGCCGUGACGCCGACGUUUGCUGCAGACAACACCAACCCGUUCAGCAGUCUCGUGUCCGCCAGUUCAACGCCUGUGACCGCACACACUGGCAGCAGAAGGGGUGGCGAUGAUGGUAAUGAUGACGACAACACGGGUGUCAGGGCGGCGAGUGAGCUGUUCGCGUCAAAACCAACGAGCACACGCACAACACCCGCCCGCAAGCGGGCUGUGGCGCCACCGCGACGACCAAAGCCGCCAGCAGUCACGCCAAGAGGAGCACGACCAGCGUCCACAGCAGCACAGUCACAGGCAGGGACAGCGCCAGAGACGCCACACAAACAGCGCGAUGAUAUCGACCCCUUUGUGUUUUUCCCCGCGCUGGCUAAGUGGGACGAUGUUGUUGAUGGUGACGUGACGACAGUCGUGAUGAUGGCCGAGUAA